CGCUCGAGGGCGACCGACACAUUAAACCCACUACGCACUUGAUCCACUGCACUCAUUACCCGUCAAGAUGGCCGACGAAACCGCUGUCGUCGAUUACACGCUCGCGAACCCCGAUACCUUGACCAAGUACAAGACGGCCGCGACCAUCGCCGAGAAGGUCCUCAAGGAAGUCUCAGGAUGGAUCAAGGCCGACGCCAACAUCGUCGAGCUCUGUGAGCGCGGCGACAAGCUUCUGGAGGAAGAGACGGCCAAGGUCUACAAGGGCAAGAAGAUCGCCAAGGGCAUUGGGCACUGCACCACCAUCUCCCCGAGCUCCUACGUCACCCCGUACACGCCCCUGAAGUCCGAUGCCGAGGAAGCCGCAGUUACCCUGAAGGAGGGCGAGGUCGUCAAGAUCCAGCUCGGUGCUCAGAUCGAUGGCUUCCCUGCCAUUGUCUGCGACUCUGUCCUGGUCGGCGCCUCUGACGAGGUCAGCGGCCGUGAAGCAGACCUCUUCUUGGCCACACACUACGCCAACGAGUUGCUCCUGAGGCUGAUGGUUCCGCCUAGCCUUGUCCCCACCACUGGUACCGACGAGGAGCAGAAGAAGGCCGCCGCACGGAAGCCCUACACCCAAUCCCAGAUCACCAACCUGCUUGAGAAGGUCACUUCUGCUUACGAGUGCAACCUUGUCGAGAGCACCACUAUUUGGCUGUUCGAGCACAACGAGAUCGAAGCCAAGAAGAAGAUCAUUCUGGCCCCUGGCGAGGGUGUCAAGGGUGAGGGUCUUCCCGACGUGGGUGAGGUGUGGGGUGUGGAGAUGGGGGUCAGCUUGGGCUCUGGCAAGGUCAAGACCGUCGACAACAACCGCACGACUCUCCACCGCCGCACUGAUACGCGAUAUGCCCUGAAGCGCCCUACUUCACGUGCGCUAUUAUCCGAGGCUACCAAGAAAUUCGGCACGUUCCCGUUCAGCUUGAGGCAGCUCGAAGACGAGAAGUCCGCCAAGGUCGGUGUCAUCGAGUGCGUACGUGGUGGUGUACUUCGUCAGUACGAAGUAGUUGCCGACAAGAACAACGAGCCAGUUGCUAGGUUGUUUUCCACCAUUGCCAUCACUAAGAACGGCCUCACGCGUCUCGCGCAGCCGCCCGCAGUUGAUGUAUCUAAGUACAAGACCGACAAGAAGAUCACCGACGAGGAAGUCCUGAAGAUCCUUGAGCAGCCCCUUGGCAAAGCGUCGUCCAACAAGAACCGCAAGAAGAAGAAGAAGCCUGCCAAGAAGGCUGCCGCUGCCGGUGGUGCUGAAGAGGAGGAGAGCGACGACGAGUAAAUGUGCGUUUCCACAAAUUAUCGGAUGAUCGAGGCCUAUGGCCAUUUGGGCCUGCCAUUUUCCGAUCCGAUGCAACCCAUGUCUCCAGCUGAGGAACUCCUACUCGUCGCAUCUCCUGGCAUACUUUGUAGCAUAGAGUACCUAUCAUCGUUGCAUCAAGGGUAACGCUUAGGCUUCCAGUUUGCGGUCAACCUUCGGGUUGCCAUUGUGUUUGGUCACUCUGUGCGGCUUACAGGGGAGCCGGUAGGCAGCUGAAAGCUCAAAUAUUAAAAGCAUUAUGGCACACAUUCUCCUUUCGUAAAACCGACACAGUGUAUAG